AUGGGCAAGUUCCCCAGCUGUGCUAAGGCCCCGGAGAACCAGGGGAAACUGGGGAUGACGCUGAACAUUGUCACCCCCCACCCCUCCCCCCGGGGCAGCCCCCUCCCCACCCCGCUGGGCACCCCCGUCCACACGCCCAAGGACAGCCCCUCGGGCACCCCCGGGGGCACCCCCCCCUCCAGCCCCGGGGCCGCCGGCCUGGCCUGGAAAACGCGCCUCAGCUCCAUCAAGAACAGCUUCCUGGGGUCGCCCCGCUUCCACCGCCGGAAACUGCAAGUCCCCACCCCGGAGGAGAUGUCCAGCCUGACGCCGGAGUCCUCCCCAGAGCUGGCGAAGAAAUCCUGGUUCGGGAAUUUCAUCUCGCUGGAGAAGGAGGAGCUGAUCUUCGUGGUGAUCCGGGACAAGCCGCUCAGCUCGGUCAAGGCCGACAUCGUCCACGCCUUCCUCUCGAUCCCCAGCCUGAGUCACAGCGUCCUGUCCCAGACGAGCUUCCGGGCCGAGUACCGGGCGUCGGGGGGCCCGGCCGUCUUCCAGAAACCCGUCCGGUUCCAGGUGGACAUCGGCGCCUCCGAGGGGGGGGCCGCCCCCAAGGACAGCGGGGUCUUCUCCGUCAGCUUCACCCUCAUCUCAGGUCCCAGCCGCCGAUUCAAGCGGGUUGUGGAGACGAUCCAGGCUCAGCUGCUCAGUUCCCACGACCAGCCCUCGGUGCAGGCCCUGGCCGACGAGAAGAACGGGCAGCAGCCCCGCCCGCCGGGCACCCCCACCCGCGUGGCCCCGAAUUCCCGGCGCUCCGACCCCGACGUCGCGGAGCAGCCUCGCCGCGGCUCGUGCAAGGAAAAGAAACUCGUGUCGUCCAACGGGACGCAGGCCCCCCAGCCCCCGCAGCAGCCGUGACCCCCGGGGAGCCCGGCCCCCCACUCUGGCCCCGGCCCCCUGCGGCCGGCGCCGGGGCAGGAAGCCGAGGAAGAAAGACACGGACGGGACCUCGCCCCGACGGGGCUUUGGGGGGGGGGCCGCAGGGGAAUUGACCAGGUGCCGCCGUCCGAGCAGGCCAUACUGUGAACCUGUAAAUAUUGAAAACAAACAACCCCCCCCACCCCCCCGACACAGAAGAACGAAAAGGAAACUGCAAAUGACAAGAAACCCCACAAAAAAUCCACAGAGGAAAAAAAACUGAGCGGGGGGGGGGGCGGCUGGGGGGGGCGGCUGGCUGGCUGGCCAGGGUGGCGGGGGGGGACAAGAUUUUAAUUUAAUUUAUUGAAUGGGGAGGGAGUGGAUAGGUGGAUUCGUUACCCCUCCUCCGCUUGCCUCCCCUCGUUCCCCUGCCCCACGACCCCCCCGCGCCCCAGUUCCAUCCGCCCCAGACCUUGGCUGGCUACUUCCCAAACUGCUUUCAUGGCCCCCGCCCCCCGCUGCGGCGAAGCGAGGUGGGAGGCUCGGGUCCCCCACGCUGGAUCGAAGCCAGUUCGCACCCUCACGCCGGUCCCGGAAGGGGGGGGGCUUUUUUCUCCCGUGGGGCGAAACUCUCCCGGUCCCCCGAAACCUGGGGCCGCGUCUGCGCUCGCCCCAGCUCCGGCGCCAGGCAGGGAGGGAACCGGCGCUUUCCCGGCCUCCGCGGUGGAGCCAAGGAAAGGAACCGACUUCGCUGCGGCCGGCCGAGGCCCUGGGGGGGGGCGACGCCGCUUUCUGCUCAGCCGCCCGGAGCCGCCGUUUCUUUCCAUUUUCACGGUUGCGCAAAGGGACGGGCGGCGGGGGGGGGGAGCCGCCGGUUUCUGAAUGACGGCGGCUGCUGGGAACCAAACCGUCCGCACGUUAUAAGCCAUUUAACCCCCCUCCCGGCCCCGGUAAACGCUCAGAAGGCAGAGGAAUAACAGUGGGCUCUGGCCGCGUCUUUUCUUGCUUCGCCUCGUUGUCGGGUUCGACGCGUCUCCUUUGCGGGCGCCUGAAAACCGAAGGCUCCCGAGCUUAAUGGUCCCUCUCCUGAGCUGGGCCACGGCAAACGGGCACGUGUAAACUAGGUCGAAAUCAGUGUUGUUAAACCAGAGUGAAACCUCCUCCCCGCUCCCAAGUGUAGACGCGCUUCCCCCGGCUUUGUAGCAGCAACGAUUUCUGGGCGGGGAAAGCACAGCUCUGCCCCGCAUCCGGUGGGAUUUGAGUCACUAGCCAGCCGGGGGGUGGCGGUUUGGGGGAGGGAGCGACUAGCCUAGCGAUUCAGGCCAGGUUCAGAUCCGUCGGCUGCCGGAUUCCUACCCGGGACUGGAACUCGGGUCGUCCAGCGCCCGGCUCAGCACAUGCCCGGCCCGGGGUCCAGUGAAUGAUUUAUACAAAGGGGAACGGCUCCCCCCGAGCAGCCGGGGGCCCUGGGCUGAGCUGGGGACGAUCCCAGGGCCAAAUCAGGAGCCUGGGGUCGUGGGAGGGUGACGCAUCACGUCGCCGGUCCCCAAAGCAGCUCCACCUAGGCCGGGAACGAGAGUCCCUGCCAAACCGAUGCACCUUGGGUGGGUGCAGACCAGGUCGAAAUCAGUGUUGUUAAACCGGAGUGAAACCCACUCCCAGUGUAAACACGUUUCACAGCAGCCAUGAGCCACCGACAACGAUUUCUUACCCGGUGUGAACGUCAACCCCUUUGCCCCUCUGCCCCCAAGCCCCCUUCCGGGGGGCUGAAAGCCGGUUUGAACUGGCGUAGUCGGCCCACCUCACUUUUCCAGAACCCGGCCUCAGCCAGCUCCCGUUAAGGACACGCCCCCUCUCCAGCCCCCCGCCCGCCCUACAAGGGAAGCCGCUAAACCAGAUUGAAACCUGGUUAAAACUCAGGUUCAAACUGGCACCAGAUCAAACGGGUUUAGCCUGCAGCAGCACCACUCCCACUGUGGCCUGGGGCAAGGCCGGGGUGUGGGGGGUUCCCCGCUCCCUAGGUAACAGGCCUGGAAAGGCAGGUGGGGCAGCGUCUGCCCACCCCAUGGCUUGGGGUGGGGAGGGGUGUCCCCUCUCGCCUUCACCCGCGCAGGUCCCGGCGUGGGUUCUGCGCCCCGGCUACAAAAGGAGAUGGAAAAUGGAACCAGAUUUACACUAAACCAAUUUGAAGCUGGUUAAGAGUGUUUACAUGGGGGCACGGCCGGAGCAAAGCCGCCGAGCCAUAUGGGUGUAGCUCAAAGGGGAAGGUGCCACCCCCCCCACUCCUCUCUGCCAGCCCCCCUGCCCCCCAUGCGCCGAUUCCCAGCAUGGAGCGAACCGGACCUGAUGUCCCACCCUGCUCCCCGCCCCCCGUGGAUUCCUGUUCAGCCUGGGAUCGACCAUAAGAUGCGGCCUCUCUGGGGUGGGGCGCGGGGGCUGU